CUAUAAGCAGAACAGCAUGAAUCACAAAUCUGGAACCUCGCAAAUUGACUCGACUGAGAAUCUGUCGCAUUCAUAUGUACGGUUUACUCCUCGUGACUGGAUAGUAUCGUGUAUAGACACCCUUAUACAUAUUGGCUUGUUUAAUACGUCUCAACCGCCAUUCACACCGGCAAACUUAGAAUCCCGCAUGGCUCAUUCUUCAGACCAGUCUUUUAAGGCAGCAACAAACGCAAAAGACAGAGCAGCAAUAACUAGCUGGCGGAGCGUAAUCUCUCUUCUAUCAAUAAUUCUCUCGGCUUGGUCGUUUUGUAAGCAGAGGCUUGGUCGCCAAUGCAUUUCUAGAAGCGCCCUUGGGAAGGCUAUAGCGCAGAGUGGAACCUAUUCCAAGGAAUGUUUCGCUGAGUGGGGCCCAUGGAUUCUCCCAGCUGUUUUGUGUUACUUCAUCUUUCCCUCGGUGACGUUGCUCGCUGCUGUCAGUGGUGGCUACGGCAUCCACCGUAUGCAGAGAUAUUCGGCCAUGGGUCGUAGUGCUACUUAGAUCCUAUCGUCGGCUGCAAUGAAAUCAUGGCUGGUAUGUAUACCAAACUUACGCAUGCAAUAAGAUACACCUCGGGCAUUCUUGACUGCCU